AAGAAGAAGAAGAGGAGCAGAGGAAGAGAGGAAGAAGAGGAGGUGAAGAAGAAGAAGAGGAGCAGAGGAGCAGAGGAGCACUGGACUUUUUCUCCUUUUCUUCAUCUGUCGAUCACAAAGUGAGAAACAGAUGAAACUGGAUCAGAUCGAGUCAAUAAACUGAUAAACUGCUGGUUUGGGAUUAAAACAUCUGACACAAGAAGCUGCUGAAUAUCCUCCCGUCAGGAGCAGGAGGAGGAGCAGGACAGGGCAGGAGCAGCAGCAGGAGCAGGAGCAGGAGCAGGAGGGCAGGAGCAGGACAGGAGCAGGAGCAGGAGGAGCAGGAGCUGGGUGCCACAGAGGAGGGAGGUGCUGGACAUGCUGUCUCUGAGCUGUGCUGACCCCUGGCCGGAGGGCUCUGUGGGGCUGGAGGAGGAGGUGGUCACCGCCGCUGCUCAGGCGGAGGAGCGGGACUCCAUCAGCGGCUCCUUGUGCCUGGACGACAGCCUGACCAGCCUCCAGUGGCUGCAGGAGUUCUCCAUCCUCGGUGCCAGCGUCCCGCAGCAGAUCCACCAGAGCUGCCUGUUCGGACACCCGCCGCCGGGGCCCGACGCCCCGUCCUCCCCUCUGGCCGGGGACCCCGCUUCCCUCGGGACGCCCCUGACCCCGGGGAAGCCCACGGCGGCGGCGCACAGCAGGAGGCCGCUCCUCCCCGGGAUCGUGGCCCACGGGCACUGCCCCGACGAGGUGGACUACAAGAGCGACGCGCACAUCAAGCCUCCGUACUCCUACGCCACCCUCAUCUGCAUGGCCAUGCAGGCGAGCAAGAAGAGCAAGAUCACUCUGUCCUGCAUCUACCAGUGGAUCACCGACAACUUCUGCUACUACCGACACGCGGACCCCACCUGGCAGAACUCUAUCCGUCACAACCUGUCACUCAACAAGUGCUUCAUCAAGGUGCCGCGGCAGAAGGACGAGCCAGGGAAGGGGGGGUUCUGGAAGAUCGACCCACAGUACGCCGAGCGCCUCCUGAGUGGCGCCUACAAGAAGAGACGGAUGCCACCGGUCCAGAUCAACCCAGCGCUACAGAGCAGGCUCAGGGUCGACCUCCAGCCCCCGUCCAGAGGCGCCACAGGUCUGGGCAUCAAUCCAGAGUCGCAGCGCCUCCUCCGGGAGUUUGAAGAGGAAACUGGCGCUGACCAGAACUGGGACCCACAUCUGGCUGAGGGCACCAUGCUGGGCUCCUGGCCGGUGGUCAGAGGAAGAGCUGGGGCCAAGAGGAGACAGUCGCUGGGCUCCAGAAGUGGUGCAACCAAAGUCCUCCGGCGCUCCAGCUCCCCACUGCUCUCCAUGGACGAACAGAAGGAGAUCGGACCUCUGAAGGGGGACUUUGACUGGGACGCCCUGCUGGACUCCGCCCUCAGCGGGGAGCUGAGUUUGGACGGAGGAGAACCUCUGAGCCCCAUCAUGAAGGAGGAGGACUUGACUGUGCGAGGGACCCACAUCUCCCCGGUCAAUGCCCCGGCAGGGACAGCAGACAUCCACGUGCUGGUGGAGACCCAGAGGAGGAACGACUUUGACGAGGAGACCUUCCUCGCCGCGGCCUUUCUGGAGAACCCCUGGCCUGAAGAAGAGGAUCAGAGCCGCAAUGACUACCUGUGUAGCUCCAGCGUCAACCUGGACCAGCUGUUUGACCUCGGAGACUCGUUAGGUGCGGACCCCAGCAGCCGGAUUGACGCCCUCCUUUGAGGAAUAGCUGCUUUCACACUAAAGACCCUUUGCUCUGCUUCUGUGGAAUAAGAGACGAUUUUUUUUACGUUCAUUAAGCUCAUGUUGUCUUUGUCAUGUUGUUAAACGUAUUUUUAGAUUCAAGUUUUGAUGCUGAUUCAUUCAACAAGACGCCACAAUGUGCAGAUCAUCAACACGGGAAAACAAAACUGUGUGAAAUCACUUUUUAUGAACCACGAAAUGACUUCAGACAAACAGAAACUAGUUUUCAAAUGAAAUGAAUCCGUGAAGUGCGCCCCCUGCUGGCAUCAUUUUACUCUCAGGAUUUUACAUCAGUUAUUUCAAUAAUGCGUGAGAGGAAAACUCUGUGAGCUAACAAGUUUGCUAACUGUCAAUUAGCAUCGUGCACGUACUAACACGGACGCAACUCAGCCUCACUGCCAAUUCAACCCUGUGGCCAACUGAGGUACUACAACAAAGUAAAAAAGCAUUUCCCCCAAAGAGACGUGUUUAAAAAGCUCUAAGUCUAAUUAUUACAACAAUACGAUUCAACUAUUCAUUGUUAUUGCUGUUAUACAUUUGAAUCUUUGAAGGUUUUACAUUUGUCAACAGUUUCGAGGCCCAGAGAGAAAGUGUGUGACGUCAUGUGACGUCAUGUGACGUCUGUCGGAAAGAACACGUGAGUCCAGCAGGAGAAACACUAAUAAAUUACUUUCUCAUAGAACUGAGAACGCAAAUGUCACGUUUUGAAAUCUGGUUCAGUUUGUAUAAUCCGAACAGUCUCACGAAAAACAAAAUCACUUGACAAGCUUGUUAGCUCGCUGGACGUCUCUAUACCGAUUUGAUCCAUGUCCUCCUGUCUCCUGACUGAAAAUCUGUCGUUAUCGUCAGCGGACAAGUCGCUAAUAAUGUUAUUAAUUUGUAAUAAUCAUAAUUCAUGUAACAUCCUUUAAACCAUAACUAUGAGAAGCAGAGUGUGUAAAAAAUAAUGCUCAUGUCUCCGAAUUCAAAGUCAGAGAAAUCAAUGACAUCUCCUGUUCAGUAAAAAACUACAGACGCACAAACUCAACUAAAUCAAACCCUAAAUCUGUGAUUCUCAUUUAAUUGGAGCAAAACACUGUUUGUAUCUGAGUUCACUUGGUGACAAACUGUUUUUUUCCGGUUCUUCGUCUUCUCCCGACGCUCUACGAACAUUACGUCCUCCUCCGUUUUGGACUCUUUCAGCUCGCUUUUCACUUAAAUGUCGUCACUGUCAAACGUGGUUAACGGCACAAACUCACACGUCAGAUUUCACCAGAUUUCACCAAACAUUUGAGCAGAUGAACUUUGAAUCCACAGAUCAAGUCGAUCCAUUUGAAUUGUGAGAUUUCACCACAAAGUUCUGCCAUGAAUUUGAAACGGUUGAACACGUCUCUGUGUUUACGUCAUGAAAACGUGUUUGUGUUGUUGUCGGACUCAACUCCUGCAGUAAAGAAGAAGAAGAGGAGACGUGAGCAGAAUGAAAAUCUACAGCUCUUUCAUUCUAAGAUUCACUAAGUGAGUUUCAGCAGAAGCUUUUAUCACCAGAGAUUCACUGAGUUCAGUAAAACACAGUGAGGAAUAAUGAGAUAUUUGCCAAAUGAGGUUUGGUGUAGAAGUGAUUUACUUUAUUAGCUGUAGGUUCAUUUUGUGUUUGGGGUUUUUGGUACUAACUAUUCUCUGUAGACAUUUUCAAAAUAAAUAGGACCAGUAGAUUAACAAUAGUUUUGCAGGAUUUUGUUCAAGAGGAAAUGAAGCAGAUCAUUUAGUUUCAAAUCGGACGGAGAAGUUUCCUGUAGAAAUGAAGUAACUACUUUCUUUGACUUUCUUUGACUUUCUAGCAGAACAGUAGAUUUAAAUAGUCGAGGAAACACCUGAGCUUCACGUCUUCACAGUUCAAAUGGACACAAAACGGCUUUAGGCGAAAUUCUCCCACAAAGAACCAUUAGGACGUUAAAAUGCUCGUAAAUGAAUACCUGACCUUCUAUGUGCCAAGAACAACACUUGGGACUCGACAGGGCGGCAGCGUUAAGAGGCUGUGUUUUUUAUUAGGAGCAGGAAGUGUGUGUUUUGUACUGGUGUGUGUGAGGAGGUUGAGCGUGGUCAGUAAAUCCCAACAAUAAAAGUCCUGAUGCAUCUUGGACGUGUGUCAUGUGACUCCAUUUGAAAACAGCUCUUAACUCUGUAGUUGCAGGAUUUUCUGUGUGAAACCACAGUGAAGCUCUUUCACAUUCAGCUGCUGCAGUUGACUGCAGCUCUUCUCGAUCAAAUAACAUUUAUAAACCACAAUAAAUGCAUCUUACCUCAUGAUUGAUUGUGUAAAGUCGGAGACACUGUACCUUUUCUUUUACUUUACGGUUUUUAUUUCAUUUUCCACUUUUCUUUGACAAUAAAAAAGCUUUACUGCAUUUUG